AUCUACUGUUAAGUUUUACAUGGAAGUCGUUUGCUUUUCAGAGUGUUAAAAAAUGGAUUUGGCCAACCAUGGACUUAUUCUGCUGCAGCAACUAAAUGCUCAGAGAGAGUUCGGUUUCCUGUGUGACUGCACAGUUGCCAUUGGUGAUGUCUACUUCAAGGCCCACAAAUCAGUCCUUGCUUCUUUCUCCAACUACUUCAAGAUGUUGUUUGUUCAUCAAACCAGCGAAUGCGUUCGUUUGAAAGCGACAGACAUACAGCCAGAUAUCUUCAGUUAUCUCUUGCAUUUGAUGUACACUGGGAAGAUGGCACCGCAACUCAUUGACCCAGUUCGACUAGAACAGGGAAUAAAGUUUCUGCAUGCAUAUCCACUAAUUCAAGAGGCCAGCCUUGCAAGUCAGGGAACUUUUUCUCACCCGGAUCAAGUUUUUCCAUUAGCAUCUUCAUUAUAUGGCAUUCAGAUUGCAGAUCACCAGAUAAGACAUCCCAGUAAGGUUCCAUCAGCGACCGACAAACUUGGGCGAGAACCAAGGCCACAGACAUCACGGAUGAACCAAGAGCAGGUUUCUGAAGGCUCACAGCUCUCACAGUUAGCUACAACUCUGCCACAAGUGACCCGGACAAAUAUGUCCACUUCUGACCCGUUGCCAUCUUCUUUAUCUCCAGAAUUGGUAUCUGCUGCUGGUAAUAAUUCACCUGCAGGAGAAGAGGCCAACAUGGAAGCAUCUUCUUCAGAUGAACAGCCUGCCUCGCUCACAAUAGCGCAUGUCAAGCCAAGCAUUAUGAAAAGGAACGGAAGCUUCCCAAAGUACUAUGCCUGCCACCUCUGCGGUCGCCGGUUCAAUUUGCGAAGUAGUUUGCGUGAGCACCUGCAGAUCCACACGGGAGUUCCCUUCACAUCCAGCCAGCAGGGAGAAAGUAAUAUUUCUUUGUCUCUCUGUAACAACACAGCUGAUAAAGAUGCCGUGGAAGUGCCUGAAGCAGGGAUGAUUAGCGACAGCGAGCUGCAGCAGAUCUCAGACUCCCCCAUAAUUGAUGGGCAGCAGCAGUCAGAGACACCACCCCCCUCCGAUAUUGCAGACAUAGACAACCUGGAGCAGGCAGAUCAAGAGAGGGAAGUAAAAAGACGGAAAUACGAAUGUUCCAUCUGUGGUCGCAAAUUUAUUCAGAAAAGCCACUGGAGGGAGCACAUGUACAUACACACUGGCAAGCCCUUCAAGUGCAGCACUUGUGACAAAAGCUUUUGUAGGGCUAACCAGGCUGCCAGACACGUGUGCCUAAACCAGAGCAUGGACACGUACACAAUGGUGGACAAACAGACUCUGGAACUCUGUACUUUUGAGGAAGGCAGUCAAAUGGACAACAUGCUAGUACAGACCAACAAGCCCUACAAAUGCAACUUGUGCGACAAAACGUUUUCAACUCCCAAUGAAGUAGUCAAACAUUCGUGCCAAAAUCAAAACUCUGUCUUUACACUAGAAGAAGAUCGCUCCAUUCUGCUAGGCGGUGGGGACACAGAAGCCACAGAGACUGAUAACGCAGUGUUAGCCUCCAUCAAAAAGGAGCAGGAAGCAGUGUUGUUAGACUGAAUGUGAAACCUAUAUCAAUUUUUUAAAGUUUCUUUACUCAUUUUUUAUUAAAUCAAUUUUUUCCUCCCCCCACCUCUUACUUCACUUACCCCUGCCACCUUUCCCACCAGCCUCCUUCCCGCCCUUUGUCUUCAGCAACCAGAACUGUACUGGCAUGUUAGGAAAUUGGACUUUGCCUCUCCCACCAAAACAAACAAAAAGCUCUUGCAUCAAACCACAACAUAAUUGGUUUUAAUACAAAGGAACGUGUGAAAAAAAUAAUCCAGCUAUGUUGAUAGUAUUAGUUAAUCCAAAUUUAAUAGAUUUUAAACAAAAUUUAGAUUGCUUAAAAGUGUAUUUAGAUAAAAUGAUGAGUGUAAUGAGAAACAGAGUAUCAGUUUGGUAAGCAAAGAAUAUAUAUAUAUAUUAGUUUCCCUGGUAAAAGGCAUUUCGAGAAGAUCUGGCAAAUUAAACACCAUGCUUUUUAGAAGUCCACAUGCAAGUUGAUUAAGGUUCUAACUUAAAACCCUCAGAACUUUUCUCAAAGAACGCAAAAAUCUCUGUUCAUCGAGUUAAAAAGAGCUGAGGGUGUUGGGUUUCUUUUAGCCUUACGUUUUCCUUCAAGUAUGCCUUUGGGUAUCUGUUUCAGAUAGCAUCAUUGAGUCAAGCAAAGUAGUUACUUAGUCAAAUUUUGACUUAAGUAGCUGUAAUAAUAAUGUGAUGGCAAUCUUUAUAUAUAUAUAUAUAUAAAAAAA